AUGAUUAUCAUAGCACUGAUUAACUUGUCGAUCGAUUUCUUGUCGUCACAGCUGUUUUUACGAUGUUACAGAUUUCUUAAACAACAGCAUAAGGUUCAUCGUCAUUUAUUUAUAAAUCUGCACGCCAUGCUCUUGAAACUUUCGUCGUAUAUUUUUUGUUUCGUUGUUUCUCAAGAAUCCAUUGAUUGGGUGUUCAAAGUAUUUGGUGGAGAUAUUGCGCAAUACUGA